AUCACAUGCUUCCGCUGAAAGUUGAUAAAUGAUAUUGACCUAUCGCCCGGCUCUUAACCGUGAUUAACUCCUGUCUGAGAUUAUGAAUACCUCCACCGUGUCUGUGUUUUAUAUACGAGCAUGACUCACAGCGGAAUUGAAAGGUCUCGUCUCCCUUUGUGUUUUGCUCUCCACAUGUUACCUGUCAUGUGAUUCCCUUUUGUUUUCAUUAUUGCACAGGGAUGAUUGUGACUUGUGCUCAUCUCCACACUAUUUUUCAGCCUUUCCAGCUUCACAUGCUGCACCGACUGUAACGCUCCCUGCUCUUAUAACAGUGUUACUUGUGGAAUACAUAUCAGCAUUUCCUCAUCGAUGUUACUGUCUUGCCUAUUCUUUCUCUAAAGUAUACUUUAUAUGAUCAUCUGUGCAUUUGUUGUUUAUUACAUGGAGUCUAUAACUACGCAUUAGGAUAAUGCUUGUAGAAAAAGGCUUUUAUACAUCACAGUUGUUCAGUUGUCAGACUGGGGAAACAUUAAUUCUCCUAGUUAGUGAACAAAAAACACGCCUGCUUAGUUCCCUCACACCAGCGUUUCAGUGCUUUCUUUCAGCUUCUUUAAGCUAAGAGAAACUGCACCCUUUUGUUAAAUCAAACAUUUCGUAGUUGGUGAAUUCAUAUUAACUUGUAACAUUUAAAUCAUACAUUGCAUUUGUUCCCAUCACUGCCCACAGUUUAAACUCACCAAAAUAAUCCCUGAAGUUCACUCUUCUUUGAACUCCACAAUAACACAAAGUAAUUUGAGUACAACCUGUUCUCUUGCUGUAUGCUUCUUUUCUUCUGGCUGGUUAUUGGACAGUGCAAAUUGUAAAUGAAUGGCAACUAUCUCCUUGGAAAUAAUGGGUUAAAUCAUACAAGGAAGUACCUGUGUGGUCAUUUACAAGGGGAGUGAAGUCCGUGAGAGAAAACAGCAGGGAAGGUGUUCCUGCAUAGGCAGCAUUUCCUCACCAUUUGUUUCGUUCUGGAUCUGUUGCUGGUAAAGUAUUAGAUGUAGUUACAGAGGAAAGUCUUGAAUACUCGUUGUGUUAAACUACAUUAGAGAAAUGUCCAGUGAACCACAGAGACGAGGCUCCAGAGAGGCGUACGACUACGAUGAAGGGAAUGGUUACCCCAGUGAACAGCAUACGCUAAGGUUACGACGGGUUUCAUCUCGAGUGUCCAAUCAAAACUAUCCUCAGCACGACUUGAGCUCGACCCUCGCAGAGGAGAAUGAAGAGGGCAACAGUGGACCGCCUCGGGACCUCAGGGCCAUUCCUCUGCCCAUGGCCCUGAAAAGAGCUGUGAGGCAGGUGCAGCAGAUGCAGGUGCCUGUGGUUUACAGCAGGCAGUCCUGGAGACGGAAAAGGACCAAAUCUCUGCAUAAACUCAAAGUAAAAGCCAGAGAAUCUCUCCACUUUUUCAUACUGUGGAGAAAGUCUUUGCAAAAGAUUGGAGGGAACUUCGGAGGUGGCGUCCAGUCUUACUUCCUGUUCCUGCGAUUCUUGGUGGUGCUCAAUUUUGUUUCCUUUUUGCUGAUUGCUGGAUUUGUCCUCAUCCCCAGCAUUGUCUUCAGAUCUGCCAGGACCAGCCUUGUUAACAGCACUGGUCCAGAUGAAUGCAUGGUUUAUGACCCUAAUCCUCAAGGCUUGGUCGAGUUCUAUAAUUACUUCCUUGAUUUACUUUCGGGAACGGGUUUCAUGGAGUAUUCAUACCUGUUUUACGGCUACUACAACAACACAAUGGUGGAGGACAGGAACGUCUCCUACAACAUCCCCCUGGCCUACCUCUUCACUGCCGUCUUCUACUUUAUCUUUUGUCUCAUUUGUAUCAUUGUACGCAUGGGGACCACAGCUCGAGUUGCGGUGGCAACGGGAGGCAGCGCCGUGGGCAACUACAGCAUGAUAGUGUUCACUGGCUGGGACUAUGGCUGCCAGGGAGACCAAGCUACCAAACUGAAGCAGAAGAACGUCCACUACCGGCUACAGGUGGAUCUGGAGGAGGAGAGCAUAAAGAAAAGAGCAGCCGCUCUGACUUUGUCUCAAAAAAUAGUUGUAUACUCUCUACGUGUUUCCAUGUGUUUUGUUGCAUUUGGGCUCAUUAUAGCAGCCUUCUAUGGCAUCUUCACGGCCACCACCUUCAGCCAGACAAAGAGUGGUGAGGAAGGGAUCCUGGGUUUGUUUUUCGAGUAUCUACCUUCUAUUGUUAUCACCGCCGGAAACUUCGUGGUGCCGCUGCUAUGUGACCAGAUCGCCCUGUUAGAGCGAUACACCCCCAGCACUACUGUCAUAGUGGCACUGUUAAGGGCAGUGUUUCUUCGUCUGGUGAGUCUGGGUGUUCUUCUCUUCACCCUGUGGCGUCAGAUCACCUGCGAAGGGAACAUAGACGGUGCAGAUUGUAAACUGUGCCAAUACAACUAUAAAGACUACCCGUGCUGGGAAACGCGUGUAGGACAGGAGAUGUACAAGCUGACCCUGUUCGACCUCCUCGUCAACAUUGCUUUGCUCAUCCUGGUGGAGUUUCCUCGCAGGAUGGUGGUGGACAACUGGUCCAGUAAGCUGGCUCAGUGGGUGGGUCGACAGGAGUUUGUAGUUUCCGCCAACGUGCUUGGACUGGUUUAUGGUCAGACUGUGGUUUGGACUGGAGCUCUUUUUUGCCCUCUGCUGCCACUCAUCAACACCAUCAAGUUUGUCCUCCUCUUCUACUUCAGGAAGGUCACACUCUUCUAUAAUUGUCGGCCGGCACUGAAGACGUUUCGCUCCACCACCUCCACCUUCUUUUUCCUGGUGGUACUCACGUUUGGCUGGUGGCUGGCAACAGCUGUCAUGAUCUACAGUCUUGCUGAGAUCCGACCUUCUAUGGGUUGCGGUCCUUUCCGUUUCUUCCCCAGCAUGUGGUCGAUUGUUCCAACAUCUUUCUACCGCCUCUCUACAAUUACACGGGACUUUCUCUUCUUCAUUGGUUCCCAGGCAUUCUCCAUCCCCCUGUUUGCGUUAUCUUGUGUGGUGAUGUGCUAUUUCGUAGCCUUAGCCUCUGUUUAUGGGAAAAGUGUUGCCCUGCUAAGAGCUCAGCUUAAACUGGAGGGCCGUGACAAGCAGUUCUUGGUGAAGCAGAUUGAGAAGCUGAGUCAACAACAUCAGACAGUAAAACAUACCGGAGGAGCAUAUGAGUGAUCAUAUCAUCAGGAACAUGUUUUGGUUUUACGAUCUUUUAAACAUGAUACAAUAUGACGAGGCGCCUGAAAGGACUGUAUGCACCCUAUAUGUAUAAAAUCAAUGUCAUAUAAUGCUGGCUGGGAUUUAGCAGAUAAUCCUGCACCAAGAUUAUUUAGAAAAAGAUGUGACAGAUCAGACAGAGAUCGUUUUUUUGGAACAUGUAAACUUAUUCAUUAUUAACCUACCUAAGUAAGUGGUAUGUAUUAAAUUAAAUAAAGCCAGAUAUAAAUUAUGCAAAUUGAGUCUUUAUUGUAAAUGUAAACUUAUGUUUUUCCAUGCAAAUUGAGAUAUACUGUAUUUUGUCCUUUUACAUAACGUUAAUAAAAUGAGAGGACUUAUAGCUCCCUCUA